AUGUUAACAUUAUCAAUAAUAGUGAUCCUAUUAAUAUUAGUUGGAUUGAGAUUCUAUAUUGGUUCGAAAUACAACAAGAAAUACAAUAUGCUUGUAUUAUUUGGAUCUGGUGGUCAUACAUAUGAAAUGUUGAUGACUUUGAAAAAUUAUGAUUUCCAAAGAAAAUGUUAGAAUUUAUAUUUUAUGCAUUCUUUUGCGGAUACACAAGAACCAUUAAGAGUAGCAAAAUUUAUUGAAGAUAAUAAAGUAUUAAGAACUUAUAAAAUAAAAAGAUAGCUUUACCAAAAUUAGAAUGGAUUACAAUUCACAGAAGUAGAAAGGUGAAAUAAUCAUAUUUAUCAUCAAUAAUUACAACAAUCAAGGCAACUGUUCAUACAUUUUUAAUUUUAUUGAAAUUUAGAGAUUUAGAUAUCUUUAUAACUAAUGGACCUGGUACUUGUAUUCCAGUUGUAAUUGUGUUGAUUGCUUAAUAUGUAUUUAUUAGUUAUAUUUUAAGUUGUUAUUUAUUAGAAAAAGAUGCAAGAUUUUAUUUAUAGAAAGUUGGUGCAGAGUAGAAAAUUUAUCUUUGAGUGGAAAACUUUUAUAUUGGGUUAGUGAUAAAUUUGUAGUGAAUUGGGAGACUUUGAGUAAUAAAUACAAAAGAGCUACUUUUGUUGGUAAUUUAAUUUGA